GUUAAGCUGCUCAUUUAAAAAAUAUAUACAGUACAUGUACUAAUACUUGAUAUGAGAAACGGAGAUGACUUGGAGCAGGGGCGGACUGACAACUCAUGGGGCCCCCAGGCAAUAGGGGAUCAUGGGGCCCCUGUGUCUUUGCCCACACUCAAAGCAUACCCAAAAAAGCCCAUAAAAAGGUAACAGGGGCAUUUCAUGGGGCCCCCUACUGACCUUGGGCCCUCAAGCAAUGCCCGAGUGCUCAAAUG